AUGAGCUCCAUGCAAGAGAAGGCGCAGUACCACCUCUCCAACCUCGACAAGGAGCUGUCCAAGUACCCGCAACUCCAGAACUUCGAGCAGCAGACCUCCGUCCCCAAAGUCUACGUCGUCCUCGGUCUCGGCGCCCUCUACUUCUUCCUCGUCUUCUUCAACAUCGCCGGCGAGUUUCUCGUCAACACUGCGGGCUUCGCGCUGCCGGCCUACUGGUCCAUGGAGGCGGUCUUCACCAUGGGUAAAGCGGAUGAUACUCAGUGGCUCACCUACUGGGUCGUCUACGCCUUCCUGACUGUCCUCGAGUCCAUCGUCAACGCCGCCUACUGGUUCCCCUUCUACUACACCUUCAAGUUCGUCUUCAUCAUGUACAUGGCGCUGCCCCAGACUCAGGGUGCCCAAGUCGUCUUUCGCACCGUCAUGGAGCCCAUCUUCAGCCGCUUCUUCACCACCGGCGCCAGCUCCGAGAACCUCAGGGCCCAGGCCGACAAAGUCUCCGGCAAGAGCCUGUAA